AUGGCUAGGCUUCUGAACAAGCAGCUGCAUGACCAUGUCACGAAGGAGAAACGCCAUGAUCAUCGUAAGACUGCAGGGCCCACCGAUGCCCCGGCGGCCGAUCAGGGAGACGUUCCGUCUCAGGGUGCUGAGGGAGUUACAGCUGUGCAGGCGAAGACUGACGAAGCCCACCAGCGGAAAGCUGCCUAUGAUAAGCUCCUUGCUAGUAAGCGUCUUGCACCAUGCGGUGGCCCGACAAUCCCUUUGGUGGAGGGCCAGGACGUCCCAGAGUUUGCCGUCAAGCUCGCAGGGCUUAUUAUUCUCAGCCUUGCGAUGCCAUUUGGUUGGGUGGGAUCGCCCGGAGAGUUUGUUGCAUGGAGUGCGGCCGCGAAGGCACAUCAUGGGUCGUUCCGACCAAUGGAGCCCAGGUUCAAUGAUGUUGUUCCAUUCGAGUCGAAAUGGCUUUUGGAUGAUGGUGUGGUGGUGGAACCCAUGGUUGGGAACAGAGUGCUCGACUCACUCGCGGUUCUUGAUGAGACCAUGCAGCUCGUAUGGGGCCCUGAGGGGGUCAAUGUUGAAAAAAUGGCAGAGGAAGGAGAGCCCUCCACUACGCAGCUUCUCUGGGGGCUACACAUGAACUUCGACCUUCAGGAGGUUGAGGCGUCAGGACCGGAGGAAGAGGAUCGUCGCUGGGAAGACUUUUGGGAUGCCCUCGACUUUAUCCGCCUUCAGCUUGCGUCACCGCCCGGGCUAGGGUCACGGGUGGUGACGCCACGUUGGAACGGAUUGGAGCGGAAGGCACAAGUAUUCCACGCCGAAAGGGUGGACCAGUACCGCGAGGGCUUGAGGGGCGACUGGGGAGGGGAACUUGUUCUCUAUGUCACCGACAACAUGAACGUGAAGACGGGCUGCCAGUCUCCUUGUCCGGCUAGUCCAGAGGCUGGAUGGACUGAAGUCGACACUUCGAUUCAUUGGGAGCAAUUCUUGCAGGAUGCCAAGCGUUCCGCUCUCGUCUAUCCCACCGGGGAGGACCCACAGGGGCAGACAGCGAGGUCUGCCUCCGGGUGGCGUGGCAACCUCUGCAUGUUGAAGACCACCCAGAGAGACCCUACCGGGCGCGAGCGGAAACGGCUUAGGCAGGUUCUGAGGGGGGAUAGCUCCCGCUUGCAGAAGCUGGUGGUCGACUGCCCUCGGCAAUUCGACAUCCACUGGUUGGAGAAGUUGCUUGUUGACUAUUUCCCGAGCAUCGAAUCGUGCCGCUAUAUCAGCUCACACCUCGGCGCCGUAACGGCACGUAGACGCGCGUUGGUGUUCGGUUGGAAAGACACCACACCGCCUCCGACCCAGUUGGAUCGGUACCGCGCUAACCCUCCACCUUCCAUGCAGAUGAUCCCGCUCGACGGCAUCAUCACGACUGGAGACCCGUGGUUGCGGCACCUCAAGGGCCCUGGCGUUCCGCCCAAGUGCCUAGUUCACAAAACCACGUGCCCCGCCUGCGCUUUUGUGGGCCCUACGCGGGAUGUCAAGGGGAUUGCCCGAGCCCAGGGUCUCACCCCAGCUCAUUGGAGAGAAUUGGUCGAUUCCCUAGGUCAAGAGGAGGCCCUCGGCUCACGGUGUUUGGCAAUUGGCAAGAAGAUCAAGGCAAGGCUGGAAAUUGUCUCGACCCUGAGGAGGAGUCGGCGCGUCAGCAAUUGGAGGUCUGGUUGGAAGCCUGGACCGCCUGGAAGCGCAACCCUGAACGCCCAACAAGAGAAUGGCUGGAACUUCUUCCUUCGGCUGCUGACACAGCUCCCCAGGCCGAGCCCACAUUCUGGACUGACGCUGGGGACUCCCUGGUAG